GCCCCGCUCCCGCCUCCCAGAGGGCUCAGGAGAGGAGGGUUGAGUUGGAUUUGGGGGGUUUUCAGCACAGCUGGGGGAAAGAAAAAGUGAUUGAAACUUUCCAAAGAGACCAAGUCUCUCUGUGCCUAGCAGACUGCUCUUUUUGGAGGUCGUCCUGUGACUGCUUGGAGACCGUGAAGUGUCGGCAGGGGCCACGGAGCAGGUUCCAGAGUGAGUUCAGAGCCCAGGCGUGUCUCUAGCUUGGUGUGAGGAUUCCCAGCUGGGAAUUCCAUCCCUCCCGCACGCCCCACGCUGUGCCUCCGUUGGUUUAGAUCCAUUCAGUUCUGGCUGGCUUGUUGAUGUGCUUCCAACACCACCCCAGCUGCCCUGGGAUACCAGGAGCACCGGCUGGCUUGGAAUGGAGACAACAUUCCGUGUUGUGCUGCUGCUGGGGACACACGGCCCAGCCCAGAGUCCUGGUGCCACCAGGGACAGGUUCUGCACGGUCCCCUGGACACCCAUCCGUCACCUUUGCACCUCUGCUUCCCCCCACCUUCACUCACCUUUGUUAAACUUCGUGCUGUGCAGUGUUUGGAGGUCCCAUUUCUCUCCCUCCUGAGUGUCAUUAUGGUUCCACGUCCUCUUUAGCCCUUCCAGCCCUGAGGAGACAACAAAUACCACGGGGCCAUCUCCAGGGCUUGAUGAAGAGUCCCAGCUGUUCCAUUAAAGGACUCAGCCAUGGCAGGCAAAGCCAAAAACCCCAAGGGUAAAGGUAAAGGCAAAGGCAAAGGGUCCCAAAAAGGUGCAAAUAAAGUGGAUGUGAAAGAAGUGGAUCUCUUCAGCCCAGCUGCCAUGCUGAACGCUUACUACAUCUCUCACAACGCUGCUGCCUUCCUGGAAUUCCGGGGCCAUCCCUGGCCUGGCUCUCUCAAAAAGAAGGGGAAGAAAAAGAAGUGAACUCAGCAAAGUCCCUGGUGAAGACUCUGCUGUGAUUAAACCCACCCUGACCUCUGCAGUGGUCGGCUCAAAUAUUUUCCUGUGUCUGUACAAAGACACUUUUAUUGCAGCUCAUGCACAGUGACAAAGGGCAGGGGACACUGUGCCAUUGUCACUUCACCCUGGGUGGAAUGGAGCACUGUGCUUCAGCAGGGCUGUGCUGAGGCUGGA